GGUUCGGCUCGCGGCGAUGUGAUUGGUCGGUCCGGACUCCGCCUCCAGCGCAUGUCAUUAGCAUCUCAUUAGUUAUCCGCUCGGGCUCGGGAGGAAGCCACCGCCGCCAGUCUGAGGCAGGUGCCCGACAUGGCGAGUGCUGUGCUGCCGAGCGGACCCCAGUGUGCGGCGGCGGCGGUGGCGGCGGCGCCUCCCGGUCUCAGACUCCGGCUUCUGCUGUUGCUCCUCUCUGCCGCGGCACUGAUCCCCACAGGUGAUGGACAGAAUUUGUUUACGAAAGAUGUGACAGUGAUCGAGGGAGAAGUUGCAACCAUCAGCUGCCAGGUCAAUAAGAGUGACGACUCUGUUAUCCAGCUACUGAAUCCCAACAGACAGACCAUUUAUUUCAGGGACUUCCGGCCUUUAAAGGACAGCAGGUUCCAGCUGCUGAAUUUUUCAAGCAGUGAACUCAAAGUGUCGUUGACAAAUGUCUCAAUUUCUGAUGAAGGAAGAUAUUUUUGCCAGCUCUACACUGACCCCCCUCAGGAAAGUUACACCACGAUCACAGUCCUGGUCCCACCACGUAAUCUGAUGAUCGAUAUCCAGAAAGACACUGCGGUGGAAGGUGAGGAGAUUGAAGUCAACUGCACUGCCAUGGCCAGCAAACCAGCCACGACCAUCAGGUGGUUCAAAGGGAACAAGGAGCUCAAAGGCAAAUCGGAGGUGGAGGAGUGGUCAGACAUGUACACUGUGACUAGUCAGCUGAUGCUGAAGGUGCACAAGGAGGAUGACGGGGUCCCGGUGAUCUGUCAGGUGGAGCACCCUGCCGUCACUGGAAACUUGCAGACCCAGCGGUAUCUAGAAGUACAGUAUAAGCCUCAAGUGCAUAUUCAGAUGACUUAUCCUCUACAAGGCCUAACCCGGGAAGGGGACGCGCUUGAGUUAACAUGUGAAGCCAUCGGGAAGCCCCAGCCUGUGAUGGUAACUUGGGUGAGAGUCGAUGAUGAAAUGCCUCAACACGCCGUACUGUCGGGGCCCAACCUGUUCAUCAAUAACCUAAACAAAACAGAUAAUGGUACAUACCGCUGUGAGGCUUCCAACAUAGUGGGGAAAGCUCAUUCGGAUUAUAUGCUGUAUGUAUACGAUCCCCCCACAACUAUCCCUCCUCUCACAACAACCACCACCACCACCACCACCACCACCACCACCACCAUCCUUACCAUCAUCGCAGAUUCUCGAGCAGGUGAAGAAGGCGCGAUCAGGGCAGUGGAUCACGCCGUGAUUGGCGGCGUCGUGGCCGUGGUGGUGUUUGCCAUGCUGUGUUUGCUCAUCAUCCUGGGGCGCUAUUUUGCCAGACAUAAAGGUACAUACUUCACUCAUGAAGCCAAAGGAGCCGAUGACGCAGCAGACGCAGACACAGCUAUAAUCAAUGCAGAAGGAGGACAGAACAACUCCGAAGAAAAGAAAGAGUACUUCAUCUAGAUCAGCCUUUUUGUUUCAAUGAGGUGUCCAACUGGCCCUAUUUAGAUGAUAAAGAGACAGUGAUAUUGGAAUUUGCGAGAAAUUCGUGUGUUUUUUUACGAAUGGGUGGAAAGGUGUGAGACUGGGAAGGCUUGGGAUUUGCUGUGUAAAAAAAAAGAAAGAAAGAAAAUUGAAAAUUACACUCUGCUGUUUGACACCUCUUCUUUUGUUUGUUUGGUUUUUCAAUUUUUAUUUCUUCCUACCAAGUCAAACUUGGAUACUUGGAUUUAGUUUGGAUAGAUUGCAGAAAAUUCUGUGCCUUGUUUUUCGUUUGUUCGUUGUGUUCCUUUUUUUUUUUUUUUUUCCUCCUCCCUCCUUUGUGCGCAUUUAUUUUUUCCCAAAAAACUUUGGAUUUUUUUUUCCCAAAAUCUCCCAUUUUGGACUUUGCCUGCUGGGAUUCCUUAGAAUCUUCCCCCCCCCUCCUUAUUUUCUUAUUGUUUUUCCUUUCCUUUGUUUAUUUUUUGAAAUAACUGCUUUCUGUUCAAAAUUCAGUUUCAUAAAAGGAGAACCAGCACAGUUUAGAUUUCAUAGUUCAGAAUUUAGUGUAUCCAUAAUGCAUUUCUUCUCUGUUGUCGUAAAGAUUUGGGUGAACAAACAAUGAGAACUCUUUGCUGCUGCCCAUGUUUCAAAUACUUAGAGCAGUGAAGACUAGAAAACUUAGACUGUGAUUCAGAAACUGUUCUGUUUGCUGUGGAACUACAUUACUGUACAGGGUUAUCUGCAAGUGAGGUGUGUCACAAUGAGAGUGAAUCUGUCUUUAAUUCUGUAUCUGUAGACGGCUCAGUAUAGAUACCCCACGCUGUCCAGAAAAGUUUGGGGCGGAAAGGGCUCCUCCUUUUUCAGUGCCCUAAACAGACGCGACAGGUGAGGUCUGUUCCAUUUAUAUAAGUGGGCAAAUUUGAGUUGCCACAGAAGGGAAAGUAGGGAGGGGGGAAAGAUAGUUCUGCUCUGGUUAUUUCUGUUCCAAAUGAUUCCAUCCACCUUUCCCAAUCGGCCUUACUUCUCACUCAUUUGUAGGAAAAAGCAAGUCAGUCUGGUGUGUGAAUGACUGAAUGGGACAGGGGUUUUUUUUGUUUUGUUUUUGUUUUGUUUUGUUUUUUGCUUUGUGCUUAGUUAGGAAGGCAGUAGGAUGUGGCCUGCAUGUACUGUAUAUUACAGGUAUUUGUCAUAUGCUGGGAUUUCCAACUCGAAUCCGUGUGAAACUUUCAUUCCUUCAGUUUUCGCUUGACAAAGGCAGGAGGUACAAAAGAAGGGCCAGUAUUGUUCUCAAAACUGGUCUGCUGUCCAUCUCAGUUCUCGAAAGGUCAGAGCAGAGGUGGAAAAACAGCAUGUAGGGAUUUUUCAGUGACUUAAUCAAAACUCAAAUGUGAGUGUUUUUAUCUUUUUACCUUUCAUACACUAGCCUUGGCCUCUUUCCUCAGCCUUAAGAACCAUCUGCCAAAAAAUUACUGAUCCUCGCAUGAUGGCAGCCAUAGUGCAUAGCUACUAAAAUAAGUUACCUUGAACAUAUCUUAGAUGGGGAGCCUCGGGAAAAGGUAGAGCAGUCAAGUUACCAUUUACAUUUUUUUAAAGAAAUGUGGGGAUUUUCACUGAAAUGUCUAGGAAAUCUAGAAGUAGUCCUGAAGGACGAAAACUAAACUCUUACCAUAUGUUUUGGUAAGGCUCCAGACUCCACAAUACAGUCCCUAUGGAAAGAUGGCAUCAAAAAACAGAUAGAUCUAUAUAUAUAUAAAUAUAUAUUAUAUAACAUUUUCAGUGAGUAAUUUUGGAUUUUGCAAGAUGCAUUUUUACUAUUGUUACAUUAUGUGGAAAACUUAAUGCUGAUUUAUUUAAGGGGAAAAAAAGUGUCAACUCUUUGUUGUUUGAAAGCGUGUUUAUUUUUCUUGUCUUUAUUUUAACCUUUGAUAGAACCAUUGCGACAUGGGGGCCUUUUGGGAACGGACUGGUAUGUAAAAGAAAAUCCAUAUUGAGCAGCAUUUUGUUUUCCCCUCUCCUAUCCCUAGGCACUUAACCAAGACAAAAAGCCACAACAAACAUCCCUUUUUCAGUGAAUUUUAUAAUGUGCAGCUCUAUUCCGAGCCCUUAGCACCCAUUCCGACCAUAGUAUAAUCGUAUCGAAGGGUGAGAACCAUUUAGCAUGUCGUUGAAAGGUUUUUUUCAGUUGUUCUUUUUAGGAAAAACAAAAAACAAAAAACAAAAACAAAAAAAACCCACAAAACCCUACCAUUGCUCACUGAAUUGGCAUCUCAUUUUGGGGACCUCUCAUCUUUCUGUUUUGAAAAGUGUACAGUAGUGCAGUGCUCCUGAUGUGACUCUAUGGCUUACAAUGUUGACAUGUCUCAGGUUCAUGUGUUUUGAUUGGUGUUUUCCGUCUCAGGUAGAUUGCAAAGUGUAGGCCCCAUGCAUUGGAAAAAGAUAAUAAUAAUAAUAAAACAAAGCAAAAACAGGAAAUUAUGGAUUUUAGUUGUAUAUUGGUUUAUGUAUUUUUUUCUUAAGUAUACAGUGCACUGUUUGAAAUGUAUUGUUGAGUAUUACUUUGUACAGGUUGAUCACUUUUUUUAGAGUGAAGAAAGAACAAACUUGUUUUUUGUGUUUUUUAAAGGAAUAUAAAAUAAUGAAGGAUGUAUAAUUGAUGCCAAAUAAGCUUGUUCUUUAGUCACACCAACGUCUGACUUUUCCCUUUAGGCAGUUCUGGUUUUGAGGUGUACAUGAACGAUGUUACAGUGUAUGAAACUCCAUAUCCAUAUGUUCCAUUCCCAUUUUGUAUUGGUUCAUGUAUACCAUUUUUACAAAAAAAAAGAAAAAAAAAAGUACUAUAAAAUAUCUGUCUUCUUAAUAAAAAAAUUAAUGUUACAAAGUGA